UUCGUUCGUCACGUCAAUUUCGUGUAUCUUUUUCGGCACCCAAAUUAUUUUAAUUCUUUGUGAUUUGAGUGUGUGCUAUCAGUUUAAAACGUUUCUUGGAGUUUUUAGUUGGUGCUUUAAUAUUUACCAAUUUUUUUUAUACAAUGCAAAGUGUAAUUAACACAGUAAAGGGCACCGCUCUGGGGGUGGCUGGGUAUUUGACUCCGGUGCUCAAGGAGUCCAAGUUCCACGAGACUGGUGUGCUGACCCCCGAGGAGUUUGUGGCGGCGGGCGACCACCUGGUGCACCACUGCCCCACCUGGCAGUGGGCCAAGGGCGAGGAGGCCAAGGUGCGGCCCUACCUGCCUGCCGACAAGCAGUUUCUCAUCACUAGGAAUGUGCCAUGCUACAGGCGAUGCAAACAGAUAGAAUAUUGUGAGGACAAAGAGAAAGUGAUAGAAGAUGAACAUGAUGCAGAUGGAGGUUGGGUGGACACACAUCACUACGACAACACUGGCUCCCCCACUAUAGAAGAAAAGGUGUGCGAGAUGACGCUAGAAGCAGCGGACACGGGCGACAGCGAGCCGGCGAGCGGCGACGCGGACGACGACGACGACGACGGCGAGCCCGAGGACAUGGAGCAGUUCCAGGAGUCCGGCCUGCUGGACGAGGUCGACCCGUCAACAGACCUAGCGCCGCGCAAGGAGCCGAAGAGCGCGGCGGCGGGGGCGGGGGCGGGCGCGGGCGCGGAGGGCGACGAGAUCGUGCGCACGCGCACCUACGACCUGCACAUCACCUACGACAAGUACUACCAGACGCCGCGCCUCUGGCUCAUCGGCUACGACGAGGACCGCACGCUGCUGAGCGUGGAGCAGAUGUACGAGGACGUGUCGCAGGACCACGCCAAGAAGACCGUCACCAUGGAGGCGCACCCGCACCUGUCCGGGCCCAGCAUGGCCUCCGUGCACCCCUGCAGGCACGCCGAAGUGAUGAAAAAGAUCAUCGAAACAGUGACGGAGAGCGGCGGCGAGAUGGGUGUGCACGCGUACCUCAUAGUCUUCCUGAAGUUCGUGCAGAGCGUCAUCCCCACCAUCGAGUAUGACUUCACGCAGAACUUCGCCAUGAACUAGCCCCGCCCACUCAGGCCACGCCCACCGCACGCCACGCCCCCUCUGCGC